AUGCCCACAGUGUACACGUCUGAUGAAGAAAAUGCUAAGGAUCUGGAAAAUGAGAAAAAAAAAAAAAAAAAAAAAAAAAAAAAAAAUUUAUAUUCAGUGAUAAACGAAUUGAAUUAUUCCAAUGGAGAGGAGAAUACAGACAAUUUAGAGAUCAAUUUAAAAAGUGAAAAAAAAAAAAAAAAAAAAAAUAUUAUUCAUAUUAAUCAAGAUGAAGUAAAUAACAAAACUAGUAUAGACCCAUCAAAAAAUAUACAAACAGAAUUUGAAAAUAUAAAUGAAACCAUUGAUAAUUCAAUAUUAAGAAAUGACAUUGAGUAUGAACUUUCAAACCAGAACUCACAAAAUGAGCUAAACUUCCAAAGUACUAUAAUUAACACAAAUAAUAAUUCAUCAAAUAUAUUUUUAAAAGUAUUUGAUAAAAUUAAAAAAAAAAUUAUCGAUGAUAAGGGCCAACCUAUACCUAGUUAUAUUAUAAAUGAUCAAGAUGUGUGUGAAUUGAAUGCAUUAAGAAAUUCAGUUUCACAAACUUUUGAUAGUAAUACUGGAAAUAAUGUAAACGUUCUUGACAAUUCGCAUAUUCUUAAUGGUACAAAUGAUACAUUAGCUUUUCCUAUUCAAUUAACUGAAAUUAGUCAAAGCCCUAACAAUGUUAUUUCUGAACUCUCUCAGGAAAUUGAAAUGGUAUGUUUGCAGGGACUUAAUCCUAAUGAUGUUAUGAAUAAUAACAUUUUUGCUAACAAUCAAAAUGAACAAAUUAACAUUAUAUUAGAAAAUCUAAAUAAUUCAGAACAAUUCGAAUUUAGUGCACCUAUAAAUAAUCUCGACCCUUCAAACAGCCAAAACAACCCAAAUCAAGGUAGUGAGUAUAAUUUGUUCCCAAUAAAAAUAUAUAAUGAAUUUUUAAAUAAAUCAAAAAUAUAUAUUAAUACAAUAAAAGAAAAAAUUAUAAAGUAUUGGCAAAAGAAAGUAGAAGAAGCAAACCAACAAUUAACAACACAAAAUCAAGUAUCUGUACAAACACAAAAUGAAAAUAAUAUAGAAGAUGAAUAUGAUGACCCAAGUACAAUACAAGUAUUAUUAUUGUUAGGGUUAAUUUGUAAAUUUCCAAUCUUAUGGUUUAUAGGUUCAUUAAUUUUAUGUGUUACACCAUCAAAUCAUACUAAAACAAAAAGAUGGGGUAUAAUUAGUUUUUUUUUUUCUUUAGCAACUAUUAUUUAUUAUAUUACUACUACAAAUUUUAAUUCAUAUCAACCUGGAUUUUCCACAAUUAUUGAACAAAAAAAAGAACAAGAAAAUAUUUAUAAACCAGGGAUUAUAAAAUUUACUACAGAUCCAUUUAAUGAUAUAACUAAUGUAACCAUCUCAAAUUUUAUACUUUUAAAUAAAUAUUCUAAGUAUAAUUGGAUAGAUAGUAGUAAUAAUAAGUUACUCCAUUUUAUGGAUAAUCAUUUUUUAGAUUGGCCCUUCAUUUUCGAGACAAAACCAACUUCUAACAUUAUUUUAAGUAGCAAUAUAUACAUUUUUUUAAAUCGUAUCCAAAUAACAAUUAUCUUUGGAAAGGGAAACAUAUAUUCCAAUAAAAAUAUUGAAAUAAUAAAAACGGAUGUUAAUGCUUUGCCAGAUAUUCAGGAUAGCAUACAUUUUAUAAAAUUCGAUAAUAUCACAUUUACGAAUGAAAAAAUACCAAAAGACUUUUUUGGGGCUGGGCUUCGGUGUGAGCUACAUGAUAAAACAAAUAAAAUGAAAAUAAGUGAAAAGAGUCCCCAAGAAAAAUGGUAUAUUUUUUGGAAACAAUAUGAUAAUAUACAUAAUAAAAAAUUAAACAAUUUGAUAUAUAACUUGUUUAUUCCAGUUGGUGAAAUAUUUUUUUUUAAAACCGAACACAAGUGUAGACUUGCAUAUAUAUUUCCAGAAAAUAUUAAUUUGAAUAACCCAGAAAUUCCAAAUAAUUUUGUUGAAAUAGAAAAAAUUAUGAUAAAAGUUAAUUGA